UCUGUCCCAGAGACAACAAGUAUGAAUACCACAGAUAAUGGUGUCAACUGUCUAUGUGCUAUAUGUGGGGACAGAGCGACAGGAAAGCACUAUGGCGCCUCCAGCUGUGACGGGUGCAAGGGCUUCUUCAGACGCAGCAUCCGCAAGAGUCACAUUUAUUCCUGCAGGUUCAGCCGGCAAUGUGUUGUUGACAAAGACAAAAGGAAUCAAUGUAGAUACUGUCGAUUAAGAAAGUGCUUUAGAGCAGGAAUGAAAAAAGAAGCUGUGCAAAACGAACGUGAUAGAAUAAGCACAAGAAGAAGCACAUUUGAUGGCAGCAACAUCCCCUCCAUUAACACACUGGCACAAGCAGAAGUUCGGUCUCGCCAGAUCUCAGUCUCAAGCCCUGGUGCAAGCACUGACGUAAAUAUUAAGAAAAUUGCCAGUAUUGGUGAUGUCUGUGAAUCCAUGAAACAGCAGCUCUUAGUCUUGGUGGAAUGGGCUAAAUAUAUUCCUGCCUUUUGUGAGUUACCACUGGAUGAUCAGGUGGCACUGUUGAGAGCUCACGCAGGGGAACAUUUACUGCUUGGAGCUACAAAGAGAUCCAUGGUGUAUAAAGAUAUUUUGCUUUUGGGAAACAAUUACAUUAUUCACUGCAACAGCUGUGAAGUUGAGAUUAGCCGUGUGGCCUACCGGGUUCUAGACGAGCUGGUCCGACCACUUCAAGAAAUUCAGAUUGAUGACAAUGAAUAUGCUUGUUUGAAGGCAAUUGUAUUUUUUGAUCCAGAUGCAAAAGGGCUAAGUGAUCGAAAGAUUAAGAACAUGCGGUUCCAAGUGCAGCUGAGUUUGGAGGACUACAUCAACGACCGGCAGUACGACUCGCAGGGCAGGUUUGGGGAGCUGCUUCUGCUCCUGCCCACACUGCAGAGCAUCGCUUGGCAAAUGAUUGAGCAAAUACAUUUCGUUAAACUUUUUGGGAUGGUUAAAAUCGACAACUUACUUCAGGAGAUGUUACUGGGUGGUGCUUCCAGUGAGGCUAACCAUCUCCAUCAUCCAAUGCACCCACAUUUAUCUCAAGAUCCAUUAACUGGACAAACUAUACUUUUGGGUCCAAUGUCAACACUGGUUCAUACAGACCAGAUCUCAACUCCAGAAACCCCACUUCCUUCCCCACCUCAAGGCUCUGGACAAGAAACCUACAAAACAGCUGCAAAUCAAGCUUCAGUCAUUUCACACCAGCCUCUCUCCAAACAGAAGCAAUUGUGAAAAUAUGUUUACUUCUGAACGGCACUGCAUAAAUGUGAAAAGUUGUUGGUCUUGAAAUAUCUCAGGAUAGCACUUUUGGCAAACUCUUAGCCAAGGCUUCUUCAUGGUGCUGUUAUAAGAUGGUAUCCUGUUUUCUUGUUUAUAUGCUCAU